UAUUUGAAAUACCUAUGUAGGUACCUACCUACUAAGUAAGUAUAAACUAUAAAGUUUUAAGCUUUUUGGAAGUGACAUUGGCGUUCAGUUUAUUUAUUAUCGAAUCAUUAAAGAAGAAAACAAUAAAUAGUUGAAAACAGUUAUAAAAAAAUGUUGGAAGUUACAUGUAACGAUCGUCUAGGCAAAAAAGUAAGAGUGAAAUGUAACCCCGAUGACACCGUAGGCGAUUUGAAAAAACUUAUAGCGGCACAAACGGGCACCAGAUAUGAUAAAAUUGUGUUGAAGAAGUGGUAUACAGUUUUCAAGGACCACAUUAAACUCUCAGAUUAUGAAAUACACGAUGGCAUGAAUUUGGAAUUAUAUUAUCAGUAACAUAAAUAGUUGUAAGGUUCUUUAUAAGUAACAUUGAUGUAUUGAUAAGUAUAUGUAAAUAAAAAAUAAUAUGGUUUAA